GAAAAUGUUGAAGUCGAUUAUGAUAAUGUGGAACCUGUUGUGCACUUCGACUAUAAUAAUUUUGAAGAAUCGGAUGAUGGUCGUAUUGGAGAUUGUGCUCCAGUCUAUAUGGCUGCUGUACUAGAGUACGUCGCUGCUGAAGUACUGGAACUAAGUGGCAAAGCGGCCCGUGACAACAAGAAGACUGGCAUCAACCUUCGCCAUCUUUAA